AUGGCAGGGGCAGUCUCGGCGCUGUUCCUCCUAGACAUCAAAGGCCGCGUUCUCAUCUGGCGCGACUAUCGUGGCGACGUCUCCGCCGUUCAAGCCGAGCGCUUCUUCACUAAGCUCAUCGAGAAAGAGGUUGAUCCGGAAUCCCAUGAUCCAGUUGUGCAUGAUAAUGGCGUAAGCUACUUGUUUAUACAGCAUAACAAUGUCUACUUGAUGACUGCGUCCAGGCAGAACUGCAAUGCCGCUAGUCUUCUCUUUUUUCUACACCGCAUAGUUGAUGUUUUCAAGCAUUACUUUGAAGAGUUAGAAGAGGAAUCACUUAGGGAUAACUUUGUGGUUGUGUAUGAGUUGCUUGAUGAGAUGAUGGACUUUGGUUACCCUCAGUAUACUGAAGCCAAGAUUCUCAGUGAAUUUAUCAAGACUGAUGCUUACAGGAUGGAAGUUACACAGAGACCUCCCAUGGCUGUAACAAAUGCGGUGUCUUGGCGCAGUGAAGGGAUACGCUACAAGAAGAAUGAGGUUUUCCUGGAUGUGGUGGAGAGUGUUAAUAUACUUGUCAACAGCAAUGGACAAAUCAUUAGGUCUGAUGUUGUUGGUGCAUUGAAGAUGAGAACUUAUUUGAGUGGUAUGCCAGAGUGUAAGCUGGGCUUAAAUGAUAGAGUUCUGUUGGAGGCACAAGGCCGAGCAACAAAGGGGAAGGCCAUUGAUUUGGAAGACAUCAAAUUUCAUCAGUGUGUGCGUUUGGCCCGGUUUGAAAAUGACCGGACAAUAUCCUUUGUACCACCUGAUGGAGCUUUUGAUCUCAUGACAUAUAGGCUGAGUACACAGGUUAAGCCUCUAAUUUGGGUUGAAGCUCAAAUUGAAAGGCAUUCGAAAAGUCGUAUUGAGAUUCUGGUAAAAGCCAGAAGUCAGUUCAAGGAGCGUAGCACUGCAACAAAUGUGGAGAUUGAGGUCCCUGUGUUAUCUGAUGCCACCAACCCUGAGGUUCGGACAUCAUUAGGAUCUGCAGCAUAUGCACCUGAAAGUGAUGCGCUUAUCUGGAAAAUAAGAUCUUUUCCUGGUGGCAAGGAGUAUAUGUUGAGAGCAGAGUUUCGUCUUCCAAGUAUAACAGCUGAAGAAGCAACUCCUGAGAGAAAAGCUCCUAUACGUGUGAAGUUUGAGAUACCAUAUUUUACCGUUUCUGGAAUACAGGUUCGUUACCUGAAGAUUAUUGAAAAAAGCGGAUACCAAGCUCUUCCAUGGGUGAGAUACAUAACCAUGGCUGGCGAGUAUGAAUUAAGGCUUAUAUAA